AUCACAGCGUUCGUGUUGCACGUCGGCUCCGGACACAAACACUAAGUGUCAACAACCGGCUACAGCGCUGCUCCUUUUUUGACGCGUUGGCCUUUUUUAUUUAAAUGUCGGGCCUUUUUUCCUGAUUUUACCCAUUUAUUCCUAAGAAUUUUACCGUCUCUUGUGGUAAGGCAGAAAACAAACAGGAGCUGCCGCCGCGGUCUGCAAGCUGGUGAUUAUGCGGCGUCUAUAAAAAGGCGGCUGAUACAGAACUGAGUGCAAAUUUUGGAUUCCUUUCUGUGAUGGACACCAGCUGCGCUUCUUCUGAAGAUGUCCUCCUCCAGCGACCUUGGAUCCCGAUCUGUAUAGACGGAUGCCAGUUUCUGUCCAAAAGCUGGUUCGGCGAAGCGUCCUACCGUGUCCUGCUGACGGACAUGCGCUGCGUGUGGGAGGAGACGAUGGACGCGGCGGCCACCCAGAGCCGAGCACAGGAGCUGAACCGGCGUCUGCGAGCGUCGGUCACGGCUUUUUUCUCCCACCUGUGCGAGGUGGCGCAACCCUGUCUGUUGGGAGGCAACGGCAAAGCUGAUGGAGGGGCUAAGAUCACCGUGACCCAACUGGCGGCAGACGGCCUCAUCAUGAGGCUGAAAAGUGAGCUAGCCGGGCUUCCGUUUCACUGGGAGUUCCACUGCAGUCCAGCUCCUGUCUCUUUGGUGUGUGUGCAGCUGGUGCGCCCCCUGCUGGGCAUGAGCCGCCUCUUGCAGUUGCAGGUGGAUCAGCUCGGACGUCUGCUGGUGAGGAAAGACGCAGAGAUCCAGGACUACAAGGAGAAUGGAGCCACACUUAGCAGAGAACGCCUGCAGACGGAUGUUUUCCAGGAGGAGACCUACAGAGAGAAUUAUCUGGCAAAGGCUCUUCCACUGCUGUGGUCUGGAUCUUCAGACGACCUGGGCUUCAGCGCCGACCUGCAGCAGCUUUACGCCACAGUCGUCACUCACUGUAACACGCGAAAACGCAAACUGUCCGAAGAGGAUUGUUCUGCUGCUGAAGAGCCAGACCUGGCCUUGUUACAACCAGCCGUUGGAUCUGUUAAGACCGAACCUGCAGAAAGGGAAGUUGGGACCCAAGAGAAAAUUUCCAAAGAAAAGACAACAGACAGAACUUCAAUCCAGCAGGAGUCGAACGCAGCAGAGCGCCAGUCGUCCAAGCCAAAGAAAAAGAAGGUGGGAUUGUUCAGAUGAGCCUUAGAGGGAGUACAUCAUUUUACAGGAGGAGCUUCGACAUUCAAAAGCUGCUUUUAAAACACUUACGUUUUGACUUUUAUUCUGAAGGAGGUUUUUGAACUUUUUACCACUGGCAUUUUAGCUCUGAUAUUGACGCUUUUUGGGUCACUGUAACUCUUAGACUGUUAACGCAAUUAACAUAAUUCCAAGCAACUUUAUGUUUAAAUGUUUCACUUUACAGAAGUGAAUUGUUUACACAAUUAACGUAAAAAGUGUUGCAAAUUAGCACAAACCUGCUUUUCGCGGCUUCAGACUAAAUAGUCGAAGAGUUACAGUAAUUCAAAGAAAGUGUGUACUUCCUUUUUGGUGGUGAGAACUCCAGUAGGCUCCACACUACUGAAGAUAUUGUUGUUGUUGUGUUGUUUGUCUGUUUUUGGAUUUUAGAUUAACCUCUAAUCAAGUAAUUUUACUGCUUUUGUUAAUUGUCAGGUCAUCAGGUUUUAUUCAGCCUUUCCAUUAAACACUAAACAGACUUUCAUUUACAGAUAUAAUCAUAAAUGGACGUAUACGCUUUUUAAUGUCUUAACCAAUCAACCUUUGUGACUUUUUAAAAUGAGCAUUGUAUAAAUUAAAGGAUUCUGUCAUUUUA